ACGCCAGCCGGUGGAAGAAGAGGAGGGUGGGAGGAGGAGGAGGAACCUCAGCACCAAGGACAGGCCCACCAGUUUGGCUCCUCCGGCCGCAGCGGUGGACGCAAAUCCUCGGUGAGGCUAUAUAACCUGUGAGUAACGGAGGCGUUGCUGCUGGCCGCCGGGACUCAUCACACAGACAAGAUCGAGGCAGAUCCAUGUCCCUCUGAGAGAGAGAGAAAGAGCUGCCACUAAACUGAGCUUAAACCAGACUUCAUCAUGUCAAACCCUCAGAGGGAGAAUGGCCCUGCAAACUCAGCAGAGGCCAAGAAGGCAGACCAGAGGCUGUAUGAGAAGAAAUGCUCGUGGGCUUCCUACAUGACUAAUUCUCCAACAAUGAUUGUAAUGAUUGGCCUUCCGGCAAGAGGAAAGACCUACAUUUCUAAGAAACUCACACGUUACCUCAACUGGAUUGGAGUCCCAACCAAAGUGUUUAACUUGGGCGUGUAUCGCAGGGAGGCCGUCAGAGCUUAUAAGUCCUAUGAUUUCUUCCGCCAUGACAACGAGGAGGCCAUGAAAAUUAGGAAGCAGUGUGCUCUGGUAGCUCUGCAGGAUGUGAGGGCGUACCUGACGGAGGAGGGAGGUCAGAUUGCAGUUUUCGAUGCAACAAACACAACAAGAGAACGGCGAGACCUUAUUCUGGACUUUGUCAAGGAGAAUUCUUUUAAGGUGUUCUUUGUGGAGUCGGUGUGUGAUGACCCAGAGGUCAUUGCUGCCAAUAUUCUGGAAGUGAAAGUGUCCAGCCCGGACUAUCCUGAGAGACACAGAGAGAGGGUAAUGGAUGAUUUCCUGAAACGAAUUGAGUGCUACAAGGUCACCUAUCAGCCAUUGGAUCCCGACGACUACGACAAGGACCUGUCUUUUAUCAAGGUUAUAAACGUGGGCCGGCGUUUUCUGGUGAACCGGGUGCAGGACUACAUCCAGAGCAAGAUUGUCUACUAUCUCAUGAACAUCCACGUGCACUCUCACUCCAUCUACUUGUGUCGGCACGGAGAGAGCAACCACAACGUUGAAGGACGCAUCGGAGGAGAUUCUGAGCUUUCCCCUCGAGGGAGACAGUUCGCCCACGCUUUACGCGAAUUCAUUGACGAGCACAAGCUGUCGGAUCUGAAGGUGUGGACGAGCCAACUGAGAAGGACCAUCCAGACAGCGGAGGAGCUUGGCGUGCCUUACGAGCAGUGGAAGAUCCUCAAUGAGAUUGAUGCCGGUGUAUGUGAGGAGAUGACCUAUGAGAUGAUCCAGGAAACGUUCCCAGAAGAGUUUGCUUUGAGGGACCAGGACAAGUACCACUACCGCUACCCAGGAGGGGAGUCCUACCAAGACCUUGUUCAGCGUUUGGAGCCAGUUAUCAUGGAGUUGGAGAGGCAGGGCAAUGUGUUGGUUGUCUGCCACCAGGCUGUGAUGCGUUGUCUCCUGGCGUACUUCCUGGACAAGAGUGCAGAUGAUCUGCCAUACAUGAAAUGUCCGCUCCACACGGUGCUCAAGCUGACACCUGUUGCAUAUGGUUGUAAGGUGGAAAUGUUUUACCUUAAUGUGGAGGCAGUAAACACACAUCGAGACCGGCCUCUCGAUAAAAUCCAGAGGGACUCUGCUCUCAUGAAUCGGCGGAAUAGUUACACUCCCUUGUCCAGUUACGACCAGGUCAAGCGGCCCCGGCUCUACAGCGCAGGCAACCAGCCCUGGCUACCGCUCGCCCCCACCCCAUCGGCUCUGAUGCCAGAGGGACGGCAAAGCCAAACUCGGAUAGGAAGCAGUUGUCUGAGUCCCUGUGCGAAGGAAUCGACUUUGACAGCCCUGAAGAAUCUAAUGGCUGUGUCCGCUUCUGAAUGAAGAUGGGAUCCUCUUCCUCCUCUUUAUGGCGUACUGUGGGCGAGUCCUCAGUCAUAAGUCAAAGGAAAUAUGUCAUUGAUUUUUAUUGUUUUGAACCAUGAUUAUAGGAUAAUGCCAGCUGAAACCACCACUUAUGCACAAGGUAACAUGUUCCUAUUUAUCUCCAGCUUUCUGUUUCAUUAGUCUGCAUGUUGGCACUCUGAACUAGAAAAAAAAAUGACUGCAUGCAAAACAAAUCCAUAAUGCACCACGAUCACGCUAUAUUACACAACUGGGAACUAAUUAUCAUUGUAAAUACUUCAAUGCCUUACUGAACUUAAAUAUAUUGAUAGAUAUAGCUCCUCUGUGUGCCACUGAAUGUAAUAGGAACACUUUAUGCAUUAAUAUGAUGGAAAAACAACUUCUACAUUUGCAAAUAGAACAUGUUAUAAUGUAGAUGCUGGAAAAAUAUUUUUAUAUUGCAAAUGCGCUCAUGUACUACAUAUAAGCAAUCUGUAGUUGUGAUUGUGAUAAAAUGUAUUUAUAACCCAAACAUCGCAUUGCUGGACAUCAGUACUACCUAUAUACCAGCAGUAGGUCAUGCAACUUGCAAACCCAGUAUGUUACAGUCUACUUAAUCCUAAAUAUCCAGCUACUGUUCUUCUUGUCCUCUAUGAAGGGAUUUUGUGCAACAAAACUGAACAUGUUUAUUUUACUGAUAAGCUUGGCACAUUUGUGCUCAUGUUGUCAUUUUGGCCAUGAAUGUUUUUAAAACUGCUCCAUGCAAAUGUAUUUUUUUCUUCUUCUUCUCUGAUACUCAAAAUCUUUUAGUUGAACUUUUAUUCAGUGACUAAUGUAAUGUUUUAAUGUUGAUAAGUUAUUGCCCUGCUCGAAGCAGCCUACUGUGCCUUUUAAGCAGACAAUAAAAGUGAAUUUCAAAGGGA